AUUUCCCGCCAACAUGGCAAAUAUGGCGGAGCUCGUGUCGUUUCCCGCCAAGCCCUCACGGAGCUCUCGUAUGGCGCACCUCACUUAUAUAUCAGUAUAAAUUAAUCGUGUUUUUUUGUGGCUUUUCUCAAGUUUUUAGAUAAAAAUGGGGCAGUCAGAUGAUGUAGAAGACUCUACUUACAGUAGACAUCAAGAUUUGUGUCAGAAAUUGAAUAUGGAUGCGACUGCUGCAUCUGAAGCUUGGAAAUCUUAUGAGACUAUUCGACAAAAUUAUACUCUUGAGGGUGAUCAGUUACAUUGGAUAGGGUGUGCAUUAUAUGUAGCUUGCCGUAAGUCAUCUAUACCUACUGUUGGGAAGACUGGUACUAAUGUGGAAGGAAAUUGUGUUUCAUUGACACGUUUAUUACAAUUGUGUAAUCUUCCUUUGAUACAGUUUUUUACAAAAAGUAAAUCUUGGGCUGACAUGGCCAAUAUGUCGCAAGAUUUUCGUUCAAAGAUUGAGAAACUUGAAGGAAACUUUGCUGUGUCAAUGGUUAUAUUCAAAAAGUAUCAGCCAAUCUUUACUGACAUAUUUAAAGAUCCUGUAGAUGAUAUUUCACGGCCACCAAGAUCAAGGAGACACAAAGCAAUGCCAUGUACACCUGCAAGAGUAUUUGAAUUUUGUUGGACAUUAUUUAUUUGUAUAAAGGGUGCAUUUCCAGAUAUCUCUGAUGAUUUAGUUAAUUCUUACCAUCUUCUCCUAGUGUGUUGCGAUCUUAUAUAUAGCAAUGCUUUGUUGGCUAACAGGAAGGACCUAUUAAAUCCUAAUUUUCCUGGUUUACCAUCAAAUUUUAAUGAUGAAAAUUAUAUUCCACCACAGACAGCAAAUUGUAUUGUUAGCUUAUUAUGUGAACGUCAUGAAGCUAUUGCUGUUGAAGCUAAAGUAAUUAAGGAAUAUUAUCUGAAAAAUCAUAUUAAUAAAUUGUUCAAUGAAAGAGUUCUGCGUGGUGAUCAGACAAAUUUCUCUGGUAUUUUAGAAGCUUUAUAUUUUGAUGGAAAUAGCAAAGCUAUUAACAGAGUGUAUGAACAACAUGUACUAAGUGUUGGAGACUUUGAUGAAAGGAUUUUCUUAGCUGAUUGGAGAAGAGUGAGAUUAAAUGGAAUAUCAAGUUUGGAAAUUGUUGGAGAAGAUAUAACUUAUCAUGCUAAAUUAUCUAAACAUAUUUUCAUGAAAGGUCAUGAUGCCAGUAAUAACAUCGGUUCACCUACACAGAUGAUGAAUGUUGGUGAUCUUCAUGAACAGUUUCAAAUGAAGAAAGAACAAUAUAGCGGACAGAUACAACACUUAGCUCCACCCACUCCAUUAACUGGACGCAGUUACCUCAGACCAAAAGAUAUUACUAAUGUGACACCAGUAUCCACUGCAACGCAGAGUGUAAUUCGACUCCAAGCUAUGUUAGCAGGUCAAACAUCACCGAGCGAAAAUUUGUUGCAAAUCUUAAAUAGUUGCUCUCAAGACGUAAAGACGCUCGUCGAGACGAAAGUCAAAGAGCUCGGAGAACUAUUUUGCGCCAACUACAACAAAAGUACAAACGCGAAUGAUACCACGUCAGAUUUUGGAAAGAUGAGACUUUAUUUGGGUCAAACCCUUUUCUAUAGACUUCUAGAAAUGAUUUUAAAUGACGAGAAACGCAAGAAACCAAAUUAUGACGUUACGAAUCUUCUCACGAAAGAAAUCUUUAUUCAGUGCUUAUUUGCUUGUUGCUUAGAGAUAGUCAUUUACUCGUAUAAAAGCAACGACAAAAUCUUCCCUUGGAUUUUGAAUGCCUUGAGUUUAGAUGCCUACUAUUUCUAUAAAGUGAUAGAAAUUAUAGUUAGAGCGGAAAAUCAAUUAUCACGCGAUGUUGUAAAGCAUUUGAAUCAAAUAGAGGAAAAGAUAUUAGAAUCGCUUGCAUGGCAAAGUGAUAGUCCUUUGUGGAGUGCCAUUCAAUCCACGCCUGAAGGUGUACCAAGCUGCGAAGAAGUUUCUUUACCAGGCAUGUUGGAAACUGUUGACCCAAAUAUUCCAGGACAACCCGUAUUGAGAAGAAUCGCUUUGGACCGUGGUACUCAUCACGAUGUUCAACAAAGCCCUAUUUCCUCUGCUUCAGAAAGAUUUCAGUCUCCUGUUGCAGCAUCUGGUGUAGCUAAGAAACGUCUAUUUCCUGACACUAGAAUUGGUGGACAAAGCGUCUUACGAGUGACAGGUCAAAGUGUUUUACCAUCAAAAGUUUUGACCAUUGAUGGCAAUUCAAGAAUACUUCUCUUACCUGAACAAAUUACAGUUCCAAGAUCAUCUAGUGUACAAUCUACAGGUACUCCGAUGCAAACUGUAGCAGUUAACAGAGAGCCAGCAAAACCAAAACGAACCGGUUCUGUCGCACUAUUUUUCAGGAAAUUCUAUAAUCUAGCUAGUGUACGCAUGCUAGAUUUAUGCGGUUCGUUAGAAAUAAUGGACAUCGAUUUAAAGAAGAAGAUAUGGACAAUCUUUGAGUACUCUAUUAAGGAACGAACAGAAUUAAUGAAGGACCGUCACUUAGAUCAAAUUUUAAUGUGUGCAAUUUACGUCAUAUGCAAGUUGGCAAAGAUGGAGAAGAAUUCGUUCACUGAAAUUAUGCGAUGUUACCGACUACAACCACAAGCAGAAUCUCACAUAUAUAGAUCAGUACUUAUAGCUAAAACACCGUCCGGCGAAUUACAGAAGAAUAAUGAAGAGAUCGGGCAGAAAGAUGUAUCCGAUAAAGAAACCAAUGCGGCACCUCCUACACCUACAAACAUGGCUGGGACUUCGCAGAACUUCGGAGAAGAAACACGUGGGGAUUUAAUUAAAUUUUACAAUACAGUAUACGUACCACAGGUGAAAGAAGUGGCGAAUAAGUUGGGACUAGCACGCGGAAGCGUAAUGAAUCUAUCAUUAAGUCCACUACCGAAAGGGAAACCUCCCGCGAGUUCACCGGUGAGACGUGUCACCAGUAGUAUUAUGACACGUACAUUAGAUCCGAAAGCUAUUUCUGCUUCUCCAGCACCACAACUUAGUUAUUGCUUUAGUCGUAGUCCUGCUAAGGAUUUGGAGGCUAUUAAUAAAAUGAUGAUUUCUGUCGACCCGAAAAGAUCUGUGGGCAAGCGACUUUUAACGGAUGAAACUGACGUGGAGAUGUCAGAUGGAGGACCAUCUCCGAUCAAAAAAACAACUACAUUUGUUGCGCGUAAAUUGGAAAACAUAAUUGGCGAACGACGUACGCAAAAUCAAUAAGAGAAUUUAAUUGAACGUUAAAAUAACUUAUUGAAAAUAUGGGUAAUGAAAGGAAAACUAUUUUUUUGAGACGUCGUUCUCAUUGAAUAAAAAAAAAUUAAUUAAAAAAUCAAACAAAUAGGAACAAUCAUUUUGAAGUCGAAUUUUUGUUUCUUGGCUGUGUGGCUUAAAAUAAAUGAAAUGUUCGCUCGAAAUGUUCUCAGGUAUGAUCAUGUUAGAAACAGAGAAAAAGGCCGUGUAAUAACUGAUCGUACGUAGGAAUAGUAUAAUGUCAUAUUAGGUAAAGACAGAAUUUUAUUUCCAGUGCGCUUUUUUAAUUAUUUCAAUGAAUUUAAUUGAAAGAAAGUUAUUUUAAGCAUUGUUUCAAAGGCAAUAAUUCCGGGAUGUAAAAAAGUUAAUUUGGGCAUUAGAUGUAGUUUAAUUUUAAAUAUUAUAUUUUCGUUGUGUAAGUAUUCUAUAUCACAUGUUAAUAGAGAAGAUACGAAAAACAUACAAGGUGGUUGGUAACUGGUGGUACAAGCGGAAAGGGGGUGAUUCUACGCAAAAAAAGAAGUCGAAAAUAUAGAAUAAAAAAUUUUUUUUUUUAAUUUUUUUAAAAAUCUACAGUGAGAUCUAUUAUAACGAGACGUGAUAAAGUAUACGCGUACCGAGCGAAAAUUCAAAGUCGAUUUUCUCGGAAACAAAGCCUCAAACGAAAAAUUUUUUAUUCUAUAUUUUCGACUUCUUUUUUCGCGUAGAAUCACCCCCUUUUCGCUUGUACCACCAGUUACCAACCACCCUGUAUAUUACGUGUCUAUCAAUUGAUGAUUAUGAAUGAAUCGUUCGAUUUUCGUAUUAUACUGGAAAUGAUUCUGACUUUUAUUGAUAUCGCUGAUCAGUGAUAUUUUAAUCAAGCUAUGUACUAUCUUUACAAUUAUAUAUAUUAACUUAUAUAUAAUAUAUGAUGAAUUUGUAAGAGUUAUGGUCAUAGACGUUAAAGAAAUUUUAUUUUACCAGUAGAUUUAAACAUGCUACAAAAGCAGUCGAGUGCUCGAAGCAUGCAAAUACGAUCUGGGUGAUAUUUAAUUAAAUGUAUGAUCAUUUAAUGUAUACAUAUAUAUAUUGUUUGAUCUUUCGAUUAUAAUAAGUUAUUCGCGUGUCUCGGAGAUUUCGUUUGUUUCGUGAACUGAGACUUUUCAAUUUCCGAUCACACCUAAUUAGGUGCGUAAUGUUAGGAUGUAAGCGUUCUUUUUUCUUUUUCUUUUUCUUUUUUCAAAUUUUACAUUUGAUCUCAUUAAAUUUGUCUUUUUAUUGUCAAACAAUACAUAUUAAAUUACAGAUAAUAUUAUUAUUAAGAUUAGAUCGAUAUUUAAAUGACUUAGGGUUUAAAGGAAAGCUCUCAUUUGUCCAAGAAAUUUUGCAUAAAUGCGGAACAAAAAAAAAUUUUGUAAAAAAUUUGUAAGUAAAAAAACGAGUCGAUUAUCUCGAAGAGAAGUCGUAACGCGAUUGUAAUAACAAUAUUUUCAGUAUCGUUAUUACGCAUGAUAGUUUACAGCACAAAUAGUGUUCUUGAAAAGUUUUCGAACUAGAACAAUAUAGUUCAGUGAGGAAGAGAUCUUGCUUCUCAUACACAUACGGCAGUUCCUCUAAUGACUUCUUUUAGAUAAAAAAGAAAUUGUAAAGAGUUUUAUUGGCAUAUAAUAAUUAUUAAAUAGUUUAUGUGUACAUAGUAUUGUAAUUCGAAAGUAAAUUAGAAAAAUAAAAGGCGAAAAUUUUAUAUGUUA